CCCGCGUCGGCCGCGCCCGUGGCCCAGCCCACGUCGGCCGCGCCCGCGGCGGUCGUGCCGCUGGCGGCCGAGCCGGCGGCCGAGCCCGCGCCCACCUACACGUCCGAUCCCGCGGACGCGUUCGUGCCGCUGGCGCCCGCGCCGGCGGCCGAGCCCGAGCCGGUGGCGGCACCUGCAGCGGCGCCGGGCGAUGCCACAGACGAGCCCGUGGCCGAGCCCGAGGCCCCCGGCGACGAGGCGCCGGCAGCAGGGGCACCGGGCGAGGAGGCCCCCCCGGCCACGGACGACGCAGAGCCUGCGGCCGGCCAGGGGGGCGGCGCCUCGACCACCGGCGCGGACGGUGCAGCAGCGGACGGCGAAGAGGAGAAGGACUUUGACUGCGACGCGGGCUACUCCAAUUGGGCUGCUGGGUGGUCUGCGGCAAAGAAGGCGUUCUGCUGCGAGAAGGAGCAGAAGGGCUGCGACUACGACUGCGACGCGGGCUACUCAAAUUGGGCUGCUGGGUGGUCUGUGGACAAGAAGGCGUUCUGCUGCCAGACGGAGCAGAAGGGCUGCGAGGAUGACAUGGCUGCGUCCGCCAACGGGACGGAGGAGGAGGAGUUGGUGCCGUCCGCCAACGGGACGGAGGGCGUCGACGACGACUACUGCCCGCCAGAGGGCGAGGACUGCCGGUCGACGAAGUGCUGCUCCCAGCCGGGCUUCCAGUGCUAUCGCCAAGAACAAGAAGUGGGCGAGCUGCCUGACGAACUGCACAAAGGGCUCGAUUCUGGACGGCGACCCCAAGCCCACCCCGUGGGAUUGCGAGGAGCUGGGCGCUCCGACGCCCCUGGUCAUCGCCGAGGGCUGGACCGCCUGCAGCCCGCGCGGCCAGGACUGCAGGUCCAGCAACUGCUGCACAGGGAUGCUGGACAGUUGCUACAUGAAGAACGCGGAGUACGGCAGCUGCAUGAUGGAGUGCGACCCGGAGCUGCAGGGGCAGCUGAGGGCGGCGGAGGUGUCCCGCUCGGCCGCGGAGCAGCGCGCGGCCACGAGCGAGGCCGCCCUCGAGCGCACCCUCGGCGACCUCAGCGCGCGCCGCCGGCGCGCCGCGGCGGCGGCGGCGCCGCCGUCGCCGGGCGCCGAGGAGGACGUCGAGGCUCUCAGGAACGAGGUCGUGGGGGCGACGGCGACGCUGGGCGAGAUGACGGCGACGCUGAGCCGGAAGGAACAGCUCGUCGAGAAGUCUGACCGGGAGCAUUCGGAGGUGAAGCGGGAGCGCGAUGCGCUCGCCAGCGCCAACGAGUCUUUGCGCAAGGAGGUGGAGCAGCUGCGGGGCCAGAUCGACGCCGAGGAGCACAGCGCGAAGGGGGCCGAGGCCGAGCUGAGCCAGCUCUGGGCGCAGCUGCAGCGGCACGAGGUGGAGUUCGCCAGGGACAUGGAGGAGCUGAAGAAGAAGGCCUGGAGUACCGAGGACGCCUUGCGCCAGUGCAGGGCCGCGCUCGACGAGUGCGAGUCAUCCGCCGAGGCGUUCCGCGGCGAGGGCGCUGAGCUGCGCAGCAGCGUCGUCGCGGCGCGGGCGAGCCUCGCCAGGGCCGAGGCGGAGGAGGAGGACGCCGCCGCCGGCCGCCGCCGGGAGCUUGCCGCCCUCGGCCUUCGCGAGCGCGAGCUGCGGCCUGGGCGCACCAGGCUGCUGGCGCGCCUGGACGGACUGGUGGGCGAGGCCGAGCAGCUGCGGCAGCAGGACGCGGACCGUGCCGCGAGGGCCGAGCUGGGCCAGGCGGAGGCCGCGGAGGAGUGCGCCGGGCGCGCCGCCGCGCUGCGGGCGCGCGAGGCGGAGGCCGCGGAGGUCGAGCGCCGGGUGGCGGAGCUGAUGCAGCACAUGCAGGAGCAGCGCCGGGAGAACAGCGAGCUCGCCUGCGAGGUGAGCAUCGCCCGCGAGGCCGCCGCCGAGGUCGGCCGGGCACCGUGGGCGGCCGCCAGGCCGCCGGGGGCGCCAGCGGGCUGCCGCGCGGCGGCAGCGCUGCAGGCGCAGCGGGAGGUGGACUUGCUGCAGCGUUGGAAGUCCGAGGCGCUCAGCGUGCUGGGCCGCAUGCAGGGCGACAUGUCCGCGGCGCAGGAGCAGUACAGGCUGGGCCGGCGGGAGCUGCAGGGGCAGCUGGAGCUCCUGGGGCGCAGCGCGCGCGCCACGCUGGCCUGCCCUGCCUCGGCCCGGGCCCAGAAGGUGAAACACCGCUCCCCUUGGACCUCCGCGGGGGUGCGGUCUGCCAGGGGCUCCCCGGCAGCUCCAGCUGUGGCCGAGAGCUGCGCGCCGCCCCCCGUGGCGGCCACCGGCCUCUCCGGAGAGAGCGGGCCCGGCCUCCGCGCGAGCCUCUCUGUGGGCGGGGCGGCGUCCGCACACCCCGCGCGGAGCCCCUCGGCCAGGCUGUCCCUCGCGGCUGUUGGCGGUGCCCCGCUGCGCGGGCCCGACGUGCCGGAGCGGCCCGCCGCCGCCGCGCCCGGCCCUGCGCCGCAGGGCGCCGCCGCCGCCGCGUGCCUGCCCGCAGGCGCCCCUUCUCCGCGCGCGGCCCCCGACCAGGCCGGCGCCGCGAGGGAGCCCGCCACGGGGAGCUACUUCCCUGAGGAUCCUGGUUGGUACCUCGCGGGCGCCCUGGCGGGCCCCGACGUGCCGGAGCUCCCGGGCGCGGGCGCCGAGGCGCCCCGCUCGUCGGCGGCCCCCGUGGAGCGCCGGGGGGUGCAGCUGGGAAAGGACUCGCGCUUCUCGAGCCACGCUCUCGUGGCCAUGGUCCGGUGGGCCGGAGCGGACAGAGAGCCGGCAGUGGACCCCUCGCCGAAGGAAGCCCGCCGGAUGACGGUGGUCCUGGCCUACUUCCCGCGGAGGGCCUCGGACGCGGACCUCCGCUCGGCGCUCGACGCCGCGCUCGGCAGGGCGCAGACCGUCCGGCGCUGCCGCGUCGUCCGCGACCAGGAGGGCAACGGCCUCUACGGCUUCUUCGAGCUCCGCGAGGCGGAGACCACGGAGGCGGCCCUCGCGGCCUGCGCCCGCGGCGCCGUCGUGCUCAAGGACGAGCACGGCCACACGUGGCACAUCCGCGCCAGCCGCAGCGAGCGUGCCACCGUCGGCAGCGGCGACGCCGGCUCCCGGCGGCGGCACCGCGGCAGGGACCAGAUCUUGGCCGCCUUGGGCGACUGCUGCUGGCGACGGGCCAGGAGGGGGGGCGCCGCCCAGCACGCCAGCCGCUGCGCCGCCUGACCGCCGCUGCCCGGGCAGCGGCCCCCCCCGGCGCGCUCGCCCGGGGCGGCGCCCGCCGGGCGGCGGCGGCCGCCAGGCGAGACGCUUCGGUGUGCGGCGGCAUCAUCUUCGCCCUGGUGCGCACCGCCCUUCGAUGUCGAGCCACAGGUCCUGGCCUGCGGCGCGUCCGCCGUGCCCCUCGCAGUGUUGCGGCCUGCGAGUGGCCCCAGCAGGCGCGCGGUGAGCCGAGGAGUCGCCCUGGGGC